AAAUACUCCUCAGUUUCCGGUUGGCUGGUCUCAGACGAUCCCAUAGGUGAAGAAGCCAGAUGUGGAGAUCCUGGGCUGGUGCGGUUACACGUGGUCUGCGGUUGUGAGGCCAGUUGGACAUACUGCCAAAUUCUCUAAAAUUACGUUGGAGGAGGCUUAUGGGCUUUUAAAGAGGAACGCCAGCAGUGAGGAUGACUUAGCGUUGGGCGUCGAAGUGAGACAGUAAAGGAAGAGAAGAAAGUGGAGAAGCAGAAGGAGACAGGAUGUCUUAGAAGGGACAGCCAAGGACAUUUGGCAUGAACCACUGUAUUCUCCUCAGAGACCGAGAGCACAGGAAGAACCUGUCCUUACAGAGAGGACAGGGGGUCAAUUCCAGACACUGACCCAAGGUGAGAUUGGUCAAGGCUGUCCACUAUCUCCUCCCAGGACCGGCUACUCAAGAUAUUAAAGGAAUUGGCUACUUAGAAAGGCCAGUCAACCAAAAGGGACUGCUGCCCCAAACCCUAAGGAAAGAUUGACCACCCCACAGACUACUCUAUCUCCUCCAAGGAACUGCCAGUGUACUCAACAGAAAGCAUCUUUAUAUGGUAAACAGGGAGUGAGGACCGUCCAGGAAUUUCUGAGGAGUUCCAGGUCCAGCCCAGUUCUCACCAGGUGGAACAGCUUGACCUCCGCCUUCUCAGCACAGUCGGCUCCACUCAGUGUAAUGGAUGUGCUGAAUCUGUGGAGUGAUGACCCAGAGGAGGUCCUACUAGAUCUGGGCUUUGGCUGUGACGAGCCUGACAUCUCUGGACGGAUCCCAGCCCGCUUCAUCAACAACCAGUCCGGCGCCCGGGGAAUCAACAUCCAGGUGUUCCUGGACGCCCAGAAGAACCGCAUGGACAUAGAGAACCCUGAUGUCAGCAAUAGGUUCAGGCAGUUGGAGGUGCUGCAGCAGGUUACCACUGCGUUCUCAUCCCUGGUCGGUGGUGCGUCUACAGACUCCCUCUCCGAGAGCGGAGUUCCAGCUUUAGCUUCAGCCGAGGCCAGGGAGAAGAGGAAGAGGAUGGGCAUGCUGCUCCGCCGGGUCUCCAGAAAAACCCUCAGCCAGACCCAAAUCCAGACCCAGGACUCCCAGGACACAAACCCAACUCCCCACAGUCCCGUAGCCCACUUACAGCAGCCCCUGGCCGGCCCCCCUGACAGGCGGACCCAGCUGAAACGAGCCAGACAGGGCCUGGCUGAGAGUAUAUGUCUGACCCCACUGGUAGAGGAGCAAGGCCUAGCCUCGGAAGCACCAGAGCCCCACUUGGUCCCCCAGGAGGGUGCGCUCAGGCUGGAGGUGGGGAAGGAGUAUCCACCCCUGAUCUCCAGUGGUAUUCCAACCAGAAAGAAAAGUCCUGGGGAGGCCAGGGAGUCCUUUGAGAUGGAGGAGAUCCAGAGCUUUGAUGAGGGCAGUAUUUCUGGGAGCUACAUGGGAGCAUCUGACACCACAGCAGUGUGUGUGAUGAGGACUAACAGCUGCCAGUCUGACAGCAGUGGCUUCCUGGAAGAGCCCUUCAUCCCGUCCAUUACCCAGCAUCCCUCACCUGGACCCGAGCUCAUGAAGGCUUUGUCGGGAAUAUCUGGAGGCAGCACUGACAGCCAGAUCACUGUAAAAGGAGCUUCACCCCCCUCGUCCCCCCUAUCCACUUCCCUGGACCCUUCCCCUCCUUCCCUCUCCACGUGCCACCCAAGACCCGAGUCUCCUCUAUACAGACCAGAGACAACAAGCCCUACAGAGGAGACACCCAGACACCAGGAUUCCCCCACACCCCACUCCCUCCUCUCUGAUGCCUUGGAGAUGACUAACUCUGCGUUUGGAGCCAGGCCAAGCCUAAUGGAAAACACUGUCACUGAGGAAGAUGGAUUCUCUUCGGCCUGCUGUGCACCUUGUCAUAAGCCAGACUCUCCGUUACGGCACGUUAUUAUUAUCAUGAAAACAGAUAGAGAAACAGAACACUUUACUCUGGAAUCAGAGGAAGCUGUUCCAAUAGGAGGAGAGGAAAAGGCCAUAGCGGAACAAAGUGGUAAUGUUCAGACAGGAACAGAGGCUGUUGGUGAUCAGGACACCGAUUGUUAUGGGUCACAUGAAGGCCCUCUGAUGGACUCGGUGGCUCUGGUGCAGAUGAAGAAAGAGAUGGAGAUGAAGAUGGAAGUAGAGAUUAGUUCUGGUUUGGAAGGUCCAGUGUUGGGUCCUGUCGCUGUUCCUGAGGUGGUGGAUCAAGGCUCUGAGACUGGAUCUGUUUGUCAGGACCGGUCCUCUGAAGAUCCUCUAUUAGGAUCUGACCCUAACCUCUCAGCAGUGCUAAGCCCUGCCUCCCCUCUCCCCCCAGCAGAGCCUCUCUCUGCCUCUUCUCCCCCCCCAGUGCACUGGGAAACAAGUGGCUCAGAGAUUUCAGAGGGAUCCUCAAGCUUGGUUGUCCAAGAGCCUGUCCCACCACUAAAUCAACCAACAAACCCAUCAACAGACCUACCUCCAGGCCCAGCUUUAACCUCACCUUCAGAGCAAGUGUCACUUCCAUCCCCAGCCUCUUCCCCACCACCAUCUCCGUCCCCAGCCUCAUGCCCACACCAACCUCCAGCCUCAUCUUUUCUGGCAGCAUCCAGCUCAUCUCCAACACAAUCCCAUUCCCCAAUCCCAAACCAUUCUCUAUCAGCCCUAACCACAACACCAAUCCCAUCCUCAAUUCCAAACUCACCAUCAGCCCAUUCCUUAACCGUAGCGCCAUCUCAAGCCCCAACCCCACUCGUCCCCCACAGUGGUGCUUUCAGGUCAGGCCGAUCUGUGUCUGUCCAGAUGCCCUCCUCCCUGCCCUCUGUCUCCCACUCUGCCCUCCGGAGAGGUGCUGUCCCCCACACCCCCUCUCCGCUCGGCCCUUCCUUCGAGCCCCUCCCCCUGACUGACCUGACGUUCCGGCAGAGGCGGAACUCCUUCUCCAGGAAGGCGUGGUCAGAUGCUGAUGUCUCCCACUUUGCAGAACACAGAAACACUGCGGUUGCCAUGGGAAAGGCAGACAUGACACCUGAGACGAUAUCCCUCCCGUCCCCAUGCCCCUCCCCCUCCAUGUCAUCGUCCAAUCGGUGGCUGUCUCGCGACGGUUCACAAAGAUCCGGAAGUUUCCAGAUGAAGUCCACCUCCUUGGACACUGGGCUGUGGCAGGAGGAAGUGGGGGAAGAAGUGGGGGAUGAGGAUAGACGGUGGGAACGAGCCCUGUUCUCUGGGCUUUCCUGCUGCUGCUCCUGUGAUAACCGCUGUCGCUGCUGUUCUCAGAACAAUCGCCACAAACCGUCCUCCGUUUCAGCUUUCCCUUAUUCACUGGAUGAGCUGGAGGGGAUGAUGCACUGUAUGAGGAAGUUCCGCUGCGUCCUGACAGACAUCGAGGAACAGCUGUCAGAAGACCAGGCCUCGGUGUACAGCUCACUCUCUGACACUGACAGAGAGGAAGUGCGAGACGUCUUGGAGCUGAGGAAAGCUGUGAAACAGGAAGCUGGAGAGUUGGAACUGCAGCUCACUGACCUGGUUCAUCGGUAUGACGACAGCUUCAAAAUGAAGAUGCACAGACUACUCGAUGAACAAUCUCACCUCUACACCCAGCUAAGGCUCCUGCCCCUGAUCCCCACAACCACAUCCACCCCUGGUUCUGCCUCCUCCAGGAGCAUGGCCACUCAGUGCUGCCUGCUGCCCUGGCUGCCUUUAACGGACAUGUCCAGGCCACGCCCCUCAUCGCAGGCCACCUGGGAUUUGGAGUCUAGAUCAGCUCUGCCAGAUUCCAGUUCUAUGGGCCAGAGGCUAAAACAUGGUUCUACAGACACCAAGCCAGACAAACUGGACAUUGUGGGUUUCAUCCAGAGACUGAAGGAGUCCAUACGCCACUCUGUCAAUACUGACUCACUGGAGUAAAAGAGAGGUGGGGUAGCCCUGACUGACAGAUCUAGGCCAGGAUUCAAUCCUAAGCGUUUCAUAGGGCAGCGUACAAUACAGGCGACAAAAGGCAUUUUCCUUGAUGUUCGCAGAGAUGGCUGUCAUGGUAAACGCUGUGCAUGUCGGCUCAGACGUAAAUGACCUUUGAAAAGUCUUAUAAUAGUGCUCUGCUCUGUAACACGCCUUCGCGUGAAUACCAGACCUAUACCCUCUAAACUUGACUGAAAAAAACACUGCCUGUGUCCUCACCCACCUGUGGAUUGUUUUUCUGUCUUACAGAUGCAGCUUCUGCUGUAGCUUACUGAAGAUGAUCUGCUGUCUAAGUUAUAGUGUGUCCAAUCAACCUGGACUCGGGUAGAUCUAACAUGAUAAAUGUAAAUCUGUCUCCCUCCAUUUAGUAUGAUGAGUUGGGUGUGGUAAGGUAUGUAUUUCUUUGUGGAUGUCCAUCAUCCAUUAUGUUAUGAAUAACAAUUCAUAUGAUAUGUUACGAUUUGCUUUUUGUACAAUAUGUCACGAUUGCGAUUUAAGUAUGAUAUGUCACAAAUUCCAGUUUGAUGUGGCUAACCCUAACAUUAGUUAAGUAGCUUACGUUAACUAGGCAAAGGGUUAGCUAACAUGCUAAGUAGUUGCAAAAAGUAGUACGUUUCAAAAUAGCUAAUUAGCCUAAAUGCUCAAGUUGUCCGUGAUGAGAUCGGAAGACGCAACCUUAGAGAUGCUAGAAGUUUGCAUUAUAUGCCCACCUAUCCACCCCGACCCACCACCCUCCCUUCGUUUUUGCCUCAUGUAACCUUACCAAACAUAUCAUAUUAAUUUGAGUGUCCUGGAUUUACGUUGACUAUGUCUAGUCUAUGAAACCAGGCUGGUGUAAUCAAUGGAUUCCAUUACUACCAAAGUAGUCCAGUGUCCACAUGAUGAAUAAAGAGCAUGAAACCAUGUGUGCUAUAUCUAUAA